AUGCUCAAGCUCACGGCUGUCUCCAGCGCUUUGGCGCUUUUCUUCGCUGUUCACGUCCAGGCCGCCCCCGUCUCCAGUGGCUCUGACAUAUCUUUGAUACAGAAUCGCGGGUCUACAGAUUGGCAGGACACUCUAUCCAAUGACACACGUCGUCGACUACAUCUGGCUCGACAGCAUCUAGACGAUAAGAGCAUUCCCGCUCAGGCUUUUCGUAAUGAUACCAUUAUGUGUUGCCAAGGCAGACAUCCGCAAACGAAGCAAUGCCGAAGAUUCCGCGAAGAAAUGUACACCCGAGGAGGGACGAUGUACUGGGUUUCAGCUCAACAGCGCAGCAAUACCAAAUAUGACAGUGUUCUAAACAGAGAUAACCUUGCCCUGGGAGCAAUUGAGAGAAUUAAUAUUGCCCAUCGAACCCUUGGUCAGCCAGAGCUCAUUCAGGAAGAAAUAAAAGAAGAUAAGCAGCUUGGCGACGAGUAUAUAUCGGAGUACUGGAAUUCCUCAAUAAGAUACGGCGGCUUUUGGACUUCCGACCAGGUCAAAGAUGAGCCAGACUUUAUCGAAGGCGGCCAGGCAAAUGGAUUUGGGUUUACGCAGAGUACUUUCCACAAGCUUCACCGUCUUGUAAAUCUUCGAAUGAUGUUAGCCGGGCAUAUUACUGGUAAUGGCGAUAAAAUGACGCGCGAUAUGAAUGUCCACGCUAUGCACUGCCUGGAAUACGUCCGCGGGCGCGAGUUAAUGAACCCUGAUCUGAAUGAAGAGCCCACUGACACCGUCGACUAUAAGAGCAUGGGCAUCCAUUAA